CGAACACUCAUCAACUCUGAUCAGCAUAAAAAUUGAACAUGAAAGCCUUCCAAAGCCACCUAAUGGAUACAAAAAUCUUGCUGGAGAACAAAAAAGCAUUACAGCCGUUUGCAUAAAGCCCUAAUGUCGUUAAUUGACAAGUCUCAACCUUUAUGCAAAGGGCUGUAAAUAGAAAACCACCCCGGCCGUGGCUUGACCGUCUCUUUUCCCCAUCUCCGUCACUUCUACUUCCACUUCUACGACACACGAAUGCCUCCCCAGUUUGACGAGGAAACACCGCUACUGCAACAACAUUCACAAAAGCCAAAAGUCAAGCGCACUCCGCUUCCGUGGCUUCAGUUCUCUCUCGUUCUGUUUCUUCAGCUGACAGAACCCUUAACAUUUCAAGUCAUUUCUCCGUUCGCUCCUCAGUUGAUUCGUGACAUCGGAAUUACACAUGGAGAAGAAUCGAAAGUAGGGCAUUAUGUCGGGCUGUUGCAAUCUCUGUUCUUUUUCACCCAAGCCUUGACAAUUCUACACUGGGCACGAACAUCCGACCGAUUUGGGCGAAAGCCCGUCCUGCUGAUUGGUUUGUUCGGAAUGUCUGUGUCCAUGUUUUGCUUUGGACUUUCCAAGACUUUCUGGGGACUUGUCAUGAGUCGAGGUUUAAAUGGCGCUCUCAACGGGAACAUUGGAAUCAUCAAGAGCAUCGUGGCAGAGAUCACCGACUCCACAAAUCUAUCGCAGGCGUAUGGGUACAUGCCCAUUGCUUGGUCUACCGGAGGUGUUCUAGGUCCUCUUGUCGGCGGCGCCCUGUCCCAUCCCGCUGAUCAGUUCCCUAACAUAUUCGGACACUCUAAAUUUCUAAGAGAGUAUCCUUACUUCCUGCCUUGCGCUGUUCCCGCCAUCUUCUCCGCAAUCGCCUGGAUCGUCACCUUAUUAUUUUUGAAGGAAACGGUUCCAGCGGCGAUACCGAUAUCGCGACUUUUCAACUUUCGAAAGAGCAAGGCCAAUCUGACGCUGCAAACUGUUACUUUGCAACCGGAACCAUCUCCAGCAUCCACAGAAGCUACUAACGACACGUUUGAUAUUGAUAAUGAAAAACCCGUACCAUUGCUAGCACUGCUCCGAACCCCGGCAGUCCUCAUCUCGGCAGGCAACUACGCUUCCCUCGGUCUCGUAGACAUCGCUAUUCGAGCCAUCCAACCCUUGUUCUUCUCCACACCCAUCGAACUAGGCGGUUUGGGUCUUUCUCCAGCCAGUAUCGGAAAGAUCCUAUCCAUUAUUGGCUUAUUAAUGGGACUCAUCCAGAUAUUCUUCUUUGCGAAGAUCCACGAUAGGUUAGGCUCCAAGACGACGUUUACGAUCGGGAUCGGGUCCGCUAUCCCCAUAUUUUUAACGUUUCCUGUGAUGAGGUAUCUUGUGUUGGCGAACCAGGGACUUACGGCUUGGGUUUGGGUGGUCGUUGGCAUUCAGAUUUUCUUGUUUGUCUUACCAAGUUUUGCAGGUGGUGCCAUAUUCAUCUACAUCCAGGCAUCCUCACCAAAUCGAGCUUCGCUUGGUGUGACGAACGGAUUCUCCCAGUUAUCCGUGAGUAUAUGCCGAGCCGUUGGUCCUGGCUUAGCUACCUCGUUAUUUUCGGUGUCGAUGGAGAAAGGAUACCUUGGAGGAUAUAUGGUAUAUUAUGUCCUAGCUGGGUUGGCGGGGUUGGCAUUAAUGGCUGCUUCGUUGUUACCUGGACAGGUGCGAAGAUAGAGCGGAUUUGGACUUGGUCGGAUUGUCUCCUACUUGAUGGAGGUGAAGGAUUGAAGAUCAAGGUAUCUAAACGAAACAAAGAGGAACAACACACCUUAGGGGAGCAGUUCAGGGACCGGAAAUGUCCAUGAUCCAGGUUUGAACUAUUUCGCCUUCUGG